AUGCCGCCCUCUCCGCUCUCCUUCGUCCCGCUCUCCUUCGUCCCGCUCUCCUUCGUCCUCCCGCACACGCCCCUCCCGCACACGCCCCUCGCGCACCCGCUCCGCCGCGGGCGCCCGCGCGCCCCGCUCUGCCGCCGCCACGCCUAUCUAAUCACCUCCACGGCGUCCACGCUGCCGCUCUCCCCCUCCGACGUGCACACGCUGCGCUCGCUCUCGACGCAGACGGUCGUCAUCACUGGCGCGACGGGGCUGAUCGGGCGCCGCCUGGUCUGGAGUCUGCGGUGCUCGCGCGCGUCCGUCCACGUGUUUGCGCGCGACCCGCCGGCGGCCCGGUCUCUCUUCGUCGACCGCUCGCUGCCGCCCGUGUCCGUCACGCGCUACGACGCUGCGGAGGGGACGCUGUCCGCGUCCGCGGCGCGCGCGCUGCGCGCCGCGGACGUCGUCAUCAACCUGGCCGGCGAGCCGGUGGAGGAUGGCCGGUGGACCCCGGCCCGCAAGCGCGCGCUGUGGGACUCGCGCGUGUGCGGCACCCGCGCCAUCGCCGCCGCCCUGGCCGACCCCGCCGCGCGCGCCGUGCUCAUCAACGCGUCGGCCGUCGGCUACUACGGCACGAGCGAGACGGACACGUUUGACGAGCGCAACAAGCAGGGCGGCGACUUUCUCGCCCGCCUGGCACACGCGUGGGAGCUGGCCGCGCUGGAGAACGGCCCCGCCUCGCGUACGGUAGUGCUGCGCAUGGGUGUCGUGCUGGCGAGGGACGGCGGCGCGCUGGACAAGAUGAGCAUGGCGUUUCGCUACUUUCUCGGCGGACCGCCCGGGUCUGGCGCGCAGUGGUUCUCGUGGGUGCACAUUGACGACGUGGUGAGGCUAAUCUUGCACGCAAGCGUGGACGACAGGUGGCGCGGGGUGUACAACGCGACGGCGCCAGCGCCGGUGACGCUGGGCGAGUUUUGUACAGAGCUGGGCAAGGCACUGGGCCGGCCGAGCUGGCUGCCCGUGCCGAAGCAAGCAGUGCGCGCGCUGCUUGGGAACGAAGCGGCCGAGCUGAUCUUGAAAGGGCAGCGCGUGGUGUCGACGAGGAUGCAGGAGAACGGCUUUGUUUAUCGGUUCAAGGACGUGGCCAGCGCGCUGCGCGAUCUCACAAAGAAGGAGGCUGAGUAG